AUGGCCAUGCUCAGCCUUGCCUUGAUGCUGCUGGCCGCUGGCGCCCAGGCGGAGGCCCCUAAGAACGUCACCUCUCCUGAAAACGUGACAGCCUUGGGCAACUUGGUCCAUUGCCCUUGCGGCAUGAAGUGCCAGAAGAGAAUGGGAAAAUGGUACGACUUCGAAGUUGGCCGGUCGUGCGGGUGCGAGACCUGCUCCCAUGGCAAUCUGCGUGGAGCUACCACGGCCCCUCAGCAGGAAGAAAAAGCUGAAGAUGCGGAGGAGCUGGAUUGGGACAGUGCCCUGCUGCCAGUUAGCAACCUCCUCUACUGCAGGUGCGGCCGAAACGCAUGGGGAUGCAAAAUCUGCGACCCACCGUGCCGGAGAGGAUGCAGAGAGUGCAUUGACUGGGUUCAGGGUCCCAUUGGCUCCGGCUGGUGGUGCAUUGAGGAGCGUUGCAUACCUGGUUGCAACUAA